UCAGCCAUUCCCCAAUUCCCUGGAGUCCCUGUAGGGUUUAUUUUGAUGUAACCUGAGCACUCUCCUCUGAGUUAAGAGGUAGCCAGCCAGUCAUCCUAAGAAACCAUUUAUCCCUCUGCUGAUAAUCGGCUUCCCUUCCUUGGAAGUCACACAAUAUGGUUCUAUGUUAUGGGCUCCCUUCCUGGGCAAACCCACACUUGUUAAACCCUCACAUCCCUCCUCCAGUAGGCCGUGACCUAGGCCUGAUUACCCUAUCUCUAUCUCUGUAGCCUUUGCUGACGUGUGGGCCCGCCCAGUUUCAGCUGGUGGGGUUGCCAGACAAGUUAAAUGUUAAUUCAAGGAGAAGGCUGACUCUGUGAGUGAGUUGACUGCCUGCCUGUCCUCACAAGUGAGCACACAGCUGCUGAGAAUUGGUCUCCACCCACUAUGCUCUGGACCAGUUUGCCAAGGCAGCUUGUAGGCAGGGUGCUGCCAGUUCUAGGUGCAUUGCUGUUCCAGAAGAGAGAAAAAAGGGGAUUUCAACUAAGAAACUUACAGCAUGAGAUCUAUCCGCAUUAUGACCUUCGAGUGAAAGUGGUGAGAGCAAGAAUCGUCAGAAGCACAGACCUAUGGUCUAAGGCAGACUGCUUUGUGGAAGUACGACUCCCUACAUCCUCACCAUUGGUUGCUAAGACAAAGGUGAUUCCCAAUUGCUGCCAUCCAGAGUGGAACGAAACUUUCCACUUUCAGAUCCAUAAGGCUGUGAAGAACAUACUGGAACUCACCCUCUAUGAUGAAGAUGUUCUUCAAAAUGACCAGUUGGCCUCAGUUAUGUUUGACCUUGGAGGCUUGGAGCCUGGCCAAUCUCAUAGUCACACCUUUCUGUUGAAUUCCAAGGAUAGAGAGGAACUGCAGGUGGAAUUUUUCCUGGAAAAAAGAAAUGUGCCUGCCUCUGAAGUCGUCACUAAUGGGGUUCUGGUGGCUUAUCCCUGUCUGAGAAUCCAGGGCACCAUAGAAGAAGCAGCUAUUGCCCAAUGGCAGGAAGAUGGAAACAGGUACCUACAGGUGUCACUGCCUGGGGCUUAUGAGAAAUCACAGUCCUUUCCCAAGUAUCUACCUCAAGAGGAAGGCUCUUCAAACAUCUUUAUCUUUCAUAUGAACCCAAUCCUGCAGUCUGGACUGAACAUAGCUUUGUGGCAGAGUUCUGAACUGGAGAGCCAAACCAGGAAACUGGAUAAAGAGGAGAUACCCAUUUCCUCACUGCCCCUGGGCCAAGAAGUGCAACAUUUAGUGACAGUGAAAGAGGGACCUGAACUGACUCUGAACCUCAAGGCAGAAGUAAGCUCCAGGGACCUUGAUGUUCGCCUUGGUUUUGACCUGUGCAAAGGGGAGCAAAUGUUCCUGGAUAAGAGGAAACGGAUAGUGUCGAAGGCUCUACAGAAGGUGCUGGAAUUGGACAAAGCCCCCCAGCCUGAUCAGGUACCAGUGGUGGCUGUGCUGGGCACUGGGGGUGGGACCAGAGCCAUGACAUCCCUCUAUGGCAGUCUGACUGGGCUACAGGAGCUGGGUUUCCUGGAUACUGUGACCUACCUGAGUGGGAUCUCGGGUUCUACCUGGUGCAUUUCUACCAUCUACAAAGACCCUGCUUGGUCUCAGACAUCGCUGUGGGACCCAGUGAGACAAGCAAGACGCUCCGUGUGCAGCAGCAAAACAAGAGCCUUCUUGUCUGAACAAUUGCGCUAUUAUAGCCAUCAGUUGGUGGCUCGGGAGAAGAGUGGCUUCCGUGUUUCUCUCAUUGACCUUUGGGGUCUCCUUAUUGAGUAUUUCUUGUAUCAAGAGGAAAACCCAGCCAAAUUGUCUGACCAGCAGGCAGCCGUUGUUGAGGGACAGAAUCCCUACCCCAUCUAUGCAGGCAUCAAUGUCCACAGGAAUGUGUCUAGCCAGGAUUUUUCAGAGUGGUGUGAGUUCACUCCUUAUGAGGUUGGGUUUCCCAAGUAUGGGGCCUUUAUCCCCACAGAGUUAUUUGGCUCUGAAUUCUUUAUGGGGCGACUGCUUAGGUCUCGGCCAGAGCCCCGCAUCUGCUACCUACAGGGUCUGUGGGGAAGCGCCUUUGCUGCCAAUCUGGAGGAUGUCUUCGAGGCGACAAUUGGUACCAAGAUCCGCCUCCCGUACUCUCACAAUGAAAGCAUUGAUGUCAAAGAUGACUGUAAAACUCUACAGCUGCUUGAGCCAGCCAGGUUAAGAACACGGCUCUACAUCCCACAAGGCAUGUUCUCCCAGACCCUCAUGGAUAUCUUCACCUCCCGCUUCACUUCUGGGGAAAACUUCAAUUUUAUCCAAGGACUUUGCCUGCAUGAACACUACACUGAGAUUAAGGAAUUCUUGGCUCAGAAAGCCAGCCACCUAGAUGCUUUCCCCAAUAAUCUGACACCCAUGAAGGAGUGCCUCUACCUGGUCGAUGGAGGUUUUGCCAUCAACUCUCCAUUCCCACUGGUGCUGCUGCCUCAGAGAGAUGUGGAUGUCAUCUUGUCCUUCGACUACUCCCUGGACACUCCAUUCGCGGUCCUGAAGCUGACUGAGAAAUACUGCCAAGAUCGAGACAUUCCCUUUCCCCGGAUAGAGUUGAAGCAUGAGGAUAUGUUAGAUCCCCAAGAAUGCUAUGUAUUUGAUGAUGUAGAAGACCCCCGCGUGCCCAUUGUGGUACAUUUCCCCCUAGUGAAUCGCACCUUUCAAAAAUACCAGGCACCAGGUGUGGAGCGAGAGACCCAGAAGGAGAAGGACUUUGCUGACUUUAUCAUAAAGGACCAGGAGUACAUCUAUGGAAUGAUGAACUUCACCUACCAGCCAAAUGAGUUUGACCGACUGGUAGAACUGAGCAGAUACAACAUCCUGAACAAUGCAGAAGCUGUAAGGUCUGCCCUAAGCAGGGCCUUGCAACGGAGGCAGGCUGGGAGAUGAGGAUCCCUUAGGGCUCCAGGGACCUGCUGGGGUGAGUCACUAGCCCUGAGGGUCCUAAGCAGGGAAUCUGGAGAGAGGAGGAGACACAGCAAAGAGAUGAUGAUCAUCUUCUUCCUCCAGGACCAGCCACAGCAGUUCCACAGCCCAAGAAGCAUUAAGUUGCUUUAUUGGAAGCCUGGUUGAGGUAGAGUCCUCUUCUCGAAUACCCCUCCCUCCACGAGACAAAGAGACUUCUAUUUUAUCUCUCCAGGUGCAGAUUUUCAAACUGUUUUGGAAAUAGAAGAUGUUGUGUAUAUGUAUAUGAUGGGAGAUGAAGGUGGUAUGUGUGUAUAUGUGUACAGGCUUGCAUCAUGUGCAUAUUUAGAGUAGGGCUGAGGGAGAAGAAUUAUGAGAGUUCUUUUGUCUCCUACUAAGUGGUCCUCCAUGCCAGUUCUACACAGAAGAUCUCUGGACAGUCAAAACCUCCAUUGUGGAACAGCCUAAAGGCUCCCUAGAGACCCAGCCCAUCAGAAGAUGAGAUGUGUUGUAGUGGAAGGCACAGUGACUGUGGAGUCAGAAGGCCUGGAUUUAAAUCACCUGCGAUGCUUACCCCCUGAAUGAUCUUAGUUCUUUAUUUCCUCAUCUCUAUAAUGGGGAGUGGAUUACUUUUAGAAGGCUUUUCUAGCUUUAGCUCUAUGAUGUUAGGUAAGAACCAGAGCUCAGGUUCCUGGUGGAGUGACCAGGCCAAAGACCAAAGAUAUUUGGACAUCAGUCCUACACUGAGUGGCCCAGCAUGCCUGUUCUGAAUGACAUAGACAUUGAAGUGCUGGGGGGAGAGGGCAGCAAACAGAGUCUCUGAAUCUGCCAUACCAUGUAGGUCCAUUCCCUUUGCUCCUCUAGGUUCCUCUACUCUGCACUAAAAGUCCCAGGAGCCUCUUGCAGAAUCCAAGCUAGCGGGGUUAUAGAACUUCCCUAAUUGCCCCUAAUUGGCUCUUUGAACUUGGGUAGCAUCCCUGAAUCAGGUCUACAGUCACCACAUUAUGCAAAUAUGGAAUUCUUUGUAAUAGUAGGGGAGAGAGAGAGAAGGAGGGAGAAAGAAGAGACAGAGACAGAGGUACAGCGACAGAUACACAGAGAGAAAUACAGAGACAGAGAGUGGGAGAGACAGAGACAAGAGACAGUCAGAGACAGAGGUGGCCAGAGGCAGAGGAACACAGAAAAGACAAAAAGAAGAGAAAGAGAGAGACAUUCAGACAGAAAGAAACACACAUAGAAUGUCAUGAACAAGAUUGUAAAGGACAAGGGAUUGUCCUUUAAUGGGAUUGUUAUGGAUUGGGAGUCUUUCUCUCUCUCUCCCUCUCUCUUCUUUUCCUCUCCCUCUUCUCCAAUUCUUGUCUCUCCACAGGUGUGUGACUCUUAAGAAAAUCUGCCCCUCUCUUCUCUGAACUUCAUUUCUCCUGAUCCACAUGAAACCAAAUGGAAAGGGCCUUCUCAGAGCUCCAGCAGGGUUGGCACAUUUUAAAUAGAUUGACUAGGAUAUACAUGGACAGCCUGGGACAGCAGAUGGGGGAGGGAAGAAGGAGAGCCUAUACCAGUAACAGUCACACAAGCUGAUUAUGACUAGGCAGGAUUAAAUAUAUCUUCUCCAGUUAGUGAGGCUAAGGUAGCUCUCACCAAAUGGAGCCUUUAGGAAAGACAAAUUGGGGUCCUGCCAAUAUCAGCAGAGUAAUUCAGUAAGGAAAGUGCCGAAUUUGGAAUCAGAAGAAGGUUCAUCUAUGUGAACUUAAAUAGGUCACAACCUCUCUGGCAAUUUCCUAAUAAUUCCUAAAAAAUGAAAGGGUUGGACAAGAUCAGGGGGUUCUUAACUUUUUGUGUAAUGGACUCUUUUGGCCAUCUGAUGGGCAUUUUAGCAUAAAGGUUGAUAACAGGGGAAAUAAUUAUAGCUAGAAAGGGCGUGAGGGUUAGGAUAGCAAGAGAAGAAUAAUAGCUAUGGAAGAACAUGGUAUAAACCAUAGCAGCAAGGGUACUGAGAAAAAAGGGUGAUACUAUAGUUAAACCUAAAAACAAGCUAGAAGAGGCAGGGAUGAACUUAGGAUGAAGGAAGAGCAGAUUGAAUUGGGGAGGCUUUAAGCUCAUAUGAUUGUCUUUGUUUAUGACUUGAGUGACUUGAGAGGUAGAUUCUAACUUGGGGAAUAUGUCUUCCCCUAGCGAUGACAUCCAGUCUUUUUCCUUAUUCUGCCAAAGAUAAGUUUAAAGGUCUUAGAACUAAUAGAUUUAAGGGAUAUGUCUGUAUAUGAUUAGGCUAAAGAAAAUCUAAAAAAUAUAUGAUUCAUACUUGUCUAUAUGUAAAUUCUGUGCCAGGAAGGGCAAAUGGAAGAUGUCAGUGACUAACUGGAAAUAUUUGAUAUGUGGGAAUAUUCGAUUGUUUUGAAUGACCAACUCUUAAUUAGCUUUUAAAAAUUUCUUUUAAAGGCAAUUUAUUCUUUUGUUUCUGGGAUAGAUUUCCACAUUAAAGUAUAAGCUUGGACUCCUCCAAACAGUGAAAGAAAAGGUCAAAGGGGGGGUGCUUUUGUUCUAUUUAAUCUGGUGUUUGGCAUUUUAUGUUUUGCACUUUUUUACUAAUACCUUGUCUGAUGGGAGAUGGCCUUUCUUGCAAGAUCGUAAUAAACUUUUUUGCUUUUUCUUAC